UGAUUGAAAGAAAUGAACGGUUGAGUUUUAAUUUGUACUGUGUUUUCACGGUGUUCUUGCAAAUGCUUACAAGAAAUCUUUAGGCCUUACUUAUUACACUACUAUUCUGUAUACAAAUUUAUGGAAAAUAUUUAAUAUGAUGAUAGACAAUCCGAUUACAACCACCCCAGCACUGACGAGAAAAAGUAUUGGCGGGAGCAACAGUAAUACAAUACGGAGACGGAGUCUAGUUACACAACAAACUCGGCUAACUAAAUCGAGAGAUGAGGAUCGCAAUGAUGAUGAUGCAGAAAGGUCUUCCCUGCUGGCAUCAGAAAGAGCAGUGGUUACAUCAACACCACUGGCCUCUCCAAGAAGAGGUCGUGAUACAAUGUCAUCAUCGCCUCAAAAGGAACAUUUCCAGGGCUGCCUCAAGCUUUAUGCUGAAAAUAAAAUAAACAAGGACAAUGCAUGGAAUCUGCAACUGAUAGACUUUAUGACAUCAAUGCUUAGAAGACAUGACUCCCGUAUGGACAAUCUACAGACUGCAUCCACUGUGGUUGAUGCAUCUGCUAGAAUAUAUUCAUUUAGAGUUGAUGCUGUGCAUUAUGAUGUGCUUAAAAUGGCUGGAGGAUUGUGUAAAGCUGCUCAGACAAAAAGAGGCAAAAAGGAUGAUGAUGGUGUUCAAGACGAAGGUGCUGUAGAUGGUGAUUCUGCUCCAGUAAAGAAAAAGAAGAAAAGGUCAAAGGGUGCCAUUGCUGCCAAUCCCGAAGUCUUCAAUGGGGAAUUUGAUACUAUUGAUUGUAUUGAUCCAUUCUUUGAGAGAUUGGCCGCUACUACUGGGGAUGUGACCUCAUCGAAUCGCGCUUUCAACGCGACUUUACCGAUACACGACAAGACACUGGCUCUUAUAUUGAGAACCGACCACCAGUUUCUGGAACCAAUAAAAGAGAAUAUACCUGAGGAUUUAGAUUUGAACGAGCGCAUUACGUUGGCGGUUAAGUUGCUGCCGGCGUUCAACGAUACCGAUCAAAUAUGUGAACCAUUCACAGGGUUCUCUAUCAGCAACUGGGAUCCGGAAACAGAAGAUGUUAACACACGAGUGAACAACUGGGUGGAAGAGAACCGAUUGAAUUUAUCGCAGCAAGCGCUCGCCUUCGAUGUCAACGCUGAAGUGGAGCCGAUACCUCAGGAUGACAUACAUAAUGACUUGUUUGAGGAGGAGCCCCUGGGCGGCGUGGACAGCUCGGAGGAGGCGGAGGCGGAGGCGGCGCGGGCCGCGCUGGCGGCGGCGGCGCCCGCCCGCGCUCGCCUCGCAGACAUGCGCCCCGCCGCGCCCGCGGACUCGCGCCUCGAGUACUCCUACUGCGGGUCCAUCGUCGCCGCCUGGGCCGGGCCCAGCCACUGGCGGCUCAAGAACAACACGGCUUCGAAACAAUCUGAGCGGACACAGUCAACUGGAGGGCGUUUGACUGUUGACGGUAAAAGGCCACUACGAACGAAACGUCAACUGGAUUUCCUGGGAAUCGGUCUGGCGUUUGACUCUCGAGCAGAGCCCACUGGCGAGUACGAACCCACACAGCCUGCAAAAAUAAUGAUUAGCAGGAAGACCUUGGCAACAGGACAUACAUGGAAUGAAGUCAACUUCAAAACUCCUAUUGACAGAGGUUUAGACGAGUCCCACUUCCGCAAACUAUUCCUUCGCCGUAACGUAAUGAUGAUGCGCAAGCGCGACUUGGAGCACAGUCAACCGGCUAAGCUGCCCGAACAGGAGCCGCUCACCGUCGAAGAAGCCCGAGAUUACGACUACAAUAAUGAGAACGACGCGUCGUAUUGCCCCAACAAUGUGCCGGAUGGAGACGAAUGGGGAAAUGACGAUGCGACGGCCGCGGGUGAUCUACAUGAUCAAAUAAAAGCUGCAGAGCCUGAGGAAAUAGGGGAUAUGCUUGAACCGCCCACUAAGAUAGCGAAAAUCUUCAUACCUUAUGCAAUGCGUGCGAAAAAAGUCGAUAUGAAACAAUUGAAACACUGCACUUGGAAAAUGCUAACGGAUAAAACUCCAGAAGGAGAGAAAGAGGAUGUGUCACAGACUACAUUCUUUUCGAUUUAUUCCCGAUUGCCAAACAAACUAUCGACUAAUAUGCGUGAAUCGCUCAGUGUGCCACUGGCUCUUUUAUCUGUGCUGCAUUUAGCAAACGAGAAAGGACUAGUUUUGGAAAAGAGGGAGGACCUAAAGGACUUUGGUAUUUUGGGUCUUAUAAAAUGAUCUUGUUUAAGUGUUGGAAAUUAAAGCAAUUUCUAAUUAUUUUCUUGUAAGUUGUACUAAAAUCCUAAUGCAGAGUAAAGGUCUACGCAGCUGACUUCUACGAUACUCGGCGUACUUUUUUUGUGUAUGACAAUAGAACACGACAUUACACAUAAAUGUAUUCCAUAAAUAUAAAUUAGUACUUAAUAGUGCAUUAUUUAUCAAAUUGUGACUGAAUUUUUUUGGGGAUGAUCAUUAUUUCAGUAAUGUAGCAAAUUUUAGUAUUAUAUUUUUAAAAAAUAUGGUUCUUGUAAUUAUUUUAAUGUUGUGAAACUAAUCAUGAUAUGAGAACACUGACAAAAAUAUAAGAACGUACUAUGCAUAUAAUAGUGUUCUAUUAUAGCAUACAAUUUACGCUAUGGAAUGCACUUGUAUGCAUACCUUUAAUUUGUACUGUGCCAAUUUCCCGCUGAAAACAAAUUACUUUGUACUGUCUGCGUAGAUCCGAAAAGCUCUAUGGUAUAUCAAAUUUAUCGAUAUUUAAUAUUGUAUAUAAUAAUAGUAUGUGCAUUUUUUAUUUCAUUUAUUUUGAAAGUAACAAUAAGUUUCUAAAUAACAUGUACAGAUGUUUUUAUAAGUAUAUUUUUAGAAUACUAUUUUGAUA